AUGAAAACCCUACUAUCCAACCUAAUAUCACCACUCAUAUAUAUAGUCCCAAUUCUAAUUGCCGUUGCCUUCUUCACCUUAAUUGAACGAAAAAUCCUAGGAUAUAUACAACUCCGAAAAGGCCCAAACAUCGUUGGCCCCUAUGGACUACUACAACCAGUAGCAGACGGCGUAAAACUAUUUAUUAAAGAACCAAUUUACCCAUCAAAUUCAUCAAUCAUAUUAUUCACAAUAUCCCCAAUACUAGCCCUGCUACUAGCCCUGUCAAUCUGACUCCCACUACCACUACCCUUCCCACUAGCUGAUCUCAAUUUAGGACUGCUAUUCCUAAUUUCCAUAUCCAGCUUUAUAGUUUACUCCAUUCUAUGAUCAGGCUGAGCCUCAAACUCCAAAUACGCCCUAAUAGGAGCCCUACGAGCAGUCGCCCAAACAAUCUCAUAUGAAGUAACCCUAGGAAUUAUCCUACUCUCACUAACCCUAUUUUCAGGUGGAUUCAACAUACAAACAUUUAUAACAACACAAGAACCAAUAUACCUAAUAUUCUCCUCCUGACCACUAAUAAUAAUAUGAUAUAUCUCCACAUUAGCAGAAACUAACCGAGCACCAUUCGACCUUACCGAAGGAGAAUCUGAACUAGUAUCAGGAUUUAACGUUGAAUACGCCGCCGGACCAUUCGCCCUAUUCUUUCUAGCAGAAUAUGCCAACAUCCUAAUAAUAAACACCCUAACCACCAUUCUAUUCCUAAAUUCAACUUACACCAACAACCCCGAACUAUUCUCCGUAUUACUAAUAUCAAAAGUAAUACUACUAUCAGGAGGCUUCCUAUGAAUUCGAGCCUCCUAUCCACGAUUCCGAUAUGACCAAUUAAUACAUCUCCUAUGAAAAAACUUCCUCCCAAUCACCCUUGCAUUAUGCCUAUGACAUACUUCCAUACCAAUCACCUUCUCAGGCCUACCACCUAUACCCU